AUGUCUGAGUUUGACACAAACAUCCCAACAACUUUUGAUCCCUUUGCUGAGGCAAAUGCUGAGGACUCUGGUGCCGGUGCCGGGACAAAAGAAUAUGUUCAUGUCCGUGUACAACAGCGUAACGGAAGGAAAAGCUUAACAACUGUUCAAGGGUUAAAGAAAGAGUACAGCUAUAGCAAAAUACUCAAGGACCUGAAGAAAGAAUUCUGCUGUAAUGGUACUGUUGUCGAGGACCCUGAGUUGGGCCAGGUCAUACAACUUCAGGGAGAUCAAAGGAAGAAUGUUUCUACUUUCCUUGUGCAGGCUGGCAUUGUAAAGAAGGAGAAUAUCAAGCUUCAUGGCUUCUAA